GUCUCUGGUGGAUGAGUAUAGCGUGUGAUUGAAUGAGCGCUGCGUCGCUGCGACGGGCGCCAUUGAGCGCGGCGGUGGCGCGGCGGCGGCGCGGGCUGCGCGCAGCCGCGGCUUCGAUCGGCGCUGGGCGACGGCGGCGCGUUGCAUAACCGUGUGGCACUCCGCGCGCGACCCCGCACCGAGCGCCCGCGAGCGCCACGCGCAGCCCCGCGCAUCCUCGCGCUCUUUACGUAACGCGCGUCCAGCCCCCAGGGCCAGUGUUUAGCUGUACGUUUAAGUGGUUCAGUUGGUGGAGCGCCUGGCUGCGGGCGACGGCCGGUUCGCUGAGGCGGCAACGGAGGCAGAUGUGGUGCGCGCGCGCCGGUAGCCAGCAGCGCGCGCGGCCUGCGGGCGUCGCGGCCAUCGAACCGCGCGCGUUCUAGACAAUACCCUAAGCACUAUAUACGGUCGGACAUGAAAAAUCUUGCCCAUUUGCUGGCUGUCCCUAUCAGCGAACACGAGCUCACUUUCAUCUCUCUGGUAGCCGCGGCCACGCUGCUCUCGCGGACGACAGAAGGGCGGCGCCCACGUAGGUGGUCAGCGGGAGAUCGCGGCCGCAGGGCGUGCGGCCGCGCGCGGCCCCCGCACCAUCGCCCGCCCAUUCACUGUUAGCAGUAGGGAGUUCACUCGGGGGGAGUUCGAUAGACAAUGUCCGUGGACUUGGACUCGAUCAGCGAGGAAGAACCAAGCUUGUUCCGACCCUUCUCACGAGAGUCACUGGCCGCUAUCGAAGCCCGCAUAGCAGAGGAGCAUGCCAAGCAAAAGGAACUCGAGAAAAAACGAGCGGAAGGCGAGAACGAUUUGGGGCGGACGAAAAAGAAAAAAGAAGUACGGUACGAUGACGAGGACGAGGACGAGGGCCCGCAACCGGACGCGACGCUGGAGCAGGGCGUGCCGCUGCCCGUGCGCAUGCACGGCGCCUUCCCGAUCGAGCUCGCCUCCACGCCCCUCGAGGACAUCGACCCUUUCUAUCACAAUCAAACAACCUUCGUAGUCAUAAGCAAGGGUAAAGAUAUCUUCAGGUUUUCUGCCACCAACGCCUUAUGGAUACUGGAUCCGUUCAACCCUAUAAGAAGAGUGGCGAUAUACAUUCUAGUGCACCCUUUGUUCUCCUUGUUUAUUAUUACAACUAUCUUAGUCAACUGCAUUCUUAUGAUAAUGCCUACCACGCCUACCGUCGAAAGUACUGAAGUUAUCUUUACCGGAAUCUACACGUUUGAAUCGGCGGUGAAAGUAAUGGCCAGGGGUUUCAUUCUGCAGCCAUUCACAUACCUUAGAGAUGCAUGGAAUUGGCUUGACUUCGUAGUUAUAGCUUUAGCUUAUGUGACGAUGGGGAUAGAUCUCGGCAACCUGGCCGCUCUCAGAACGUUCAGGGUACUGCGAGCGUUGAAGACUGUGGCCAUCGUGCCGGGCUUGAAGACUAUCGUGGGUGCCGUGAUUGAAUCUGUGAAGAACCUGCGGGACGUGAUCAUCCUGACCAUGUUCUCGCUGUCGGUGUUCGCGCUGAUGGGGCUGCAGAUCUACAUGGGGGUGCUGACGCAGAAGUGCGUCAAGGUGUUCCCCGAGGAUGGCUCGUGGGGCAACCUCACCGAUGAGAACUGGGAGAGGUUUUGCCAGAAUGAAACAAAUUGGUACGCAGGCGAGAACGGGGACUAUCCGCUGUGCGGGAAUUCUUCGGGAGCUGGUCAAUGCGAGCCGGGUUACAUCUGCCUGCAAGGCUUCGGGCCGAACCCCAACUACGGGUACACCAGCUUCGACACCUUCGGCUGGGCCUUCCUCUCCGCCUUCCGACUCAUGACGCAGGACUACUGGGAGAACCUCUACCAACUGGUGCUAAGGUCAGCGGGGUCGUGGCACGUGCUGUUCUUCGUGGUGAUCAUCUUCCUGGGCUCCUUCUAUCUCGUGAACCUGAUCUUGGCCAUCGUGGCCAUGUCCUACGACGAGCUGCAGAAGAAGGCCGAGGAGGAGGAACAGGCCGAAGAGGAAGCGCUCAGGGAAGCGGAAGAGAAGGCAAAGGCGCGAGCGGACAGGGCGGAGGCUCGGGAGGCGCACGCGCGCGACUUGGCGGAGGCGGCCGAGGCGGCCGCGUACGCGCAGGCGCACCCCGCCAAGUCGCCCUCCGACUUCUCCUGUCAGUCCUACGAGCUGUUCGUGAACCAGGAGCGCGGCGCGCAGGACGACAACACGCGCGAGCGUAUGUCGCUGCGAAGCGACCCCUUCCAGGACUCGGUGAGCACUCAGCCCGCGCACAAGCCCGACUCGCACCACGACGCACGCCGCCACAGGAAGGUCAGCAUGGUCCCUCACCCCGAACGCAUUAAUAAAUAUGGGCAGUUGUCAUAUGGGCCACUCCGGGAGGGGUCACAGGCGUCGUUGUCCCUGCCGGGGUCGCCGUUCAACCUGCGGCGCGGGUCGCGCGGCUCGCACCAGAUGACGCUGCGGCCGAACGGGCGCGCGCGCUACCCGCCGGGCGCGGACCGCAAGCCGCUCGUCCUCUCCACGUACCUGGACGCGCAGGAGCACCUGCCGUACGCCGACGACUCCAACGCCGUCACACCCAUGUCCGAGGAGAACGGCGCUAUCAUCAUUCCUGUCUACUACGCUAAUUUAGGUUCCCGACAUUCGUCCUACACGUCCCACCAGUCGCGCCUGUCGUACACAUCGCACGGCGACCUGCUGGGCGGCAAGCCGCAGACCAAGGAGGCGCGGCUGCGCGGGCGCUCCGCCUCGCGCAACCAGAGCAUCACCUCGCAGCCGCACGCCUACCCGCCGCAGCGGCAGGACUCCUCGCUCGCCUCGCGCCCGCUCAGAGAAUACGAAAUGAGUGAAUGCACGGACGAAGCUGGGAAAGUACUGAAGCCUUCAAACGAUAACCCUUUUAUAGAGUCGUCACAGCAGCCUAACGUAGUAGAUAUGAGAGAUGUAAUGGUACUAAAUGAAAUAAUAGAACAAGCCGGGCGGCAAAGCAGAGCCAGCGAUCAGAACGCAGCGGAAGACGAUGAGGACGGGCCGACGUUAAAGGAACGGCUUCUAGACUGCCUGUGGAAGGGAAUAGACUUGUUCUGUGUGUGGGACUGCUGUUGGUUGUGGCUGGAGUUUCAGAAGUACGUCGCCCUGCUGGUGUUCGAUCCGUUCGUGGAAUUGUUUAUCACGCUGUGUAUCGUUGUGAACACGUUGUUUAUGGCUCUCGACCAUCACGACAUGAAUAAAGAUAUGGAGAAGGCUCUGAAGAGCGGCAAUUAUUUUUUCACCGCAACAUUCGCCAUAGAAGCAACAUUAAAGUUAAUAGCAAUGAGUCCAAAAUUUUACUUUCAAGAGGGUUGGAAUAUAUUCGACUUCAUCAUCGUGGCCUUAUCAUUAUUGGAGUUGGGACUGGAAGGUGUUCAGGGUUUGUCAGUGUUGCGUUCUUUUCGUUUGCUGCGUGUGUUUAAACUGGCCAAGUCUUGGCCUGCCCUAAACCUUAUUAUAUCCAUAAUGGGUAGGACCGUGGGAGCUUUAGGGAACUUGACCUUUGUACUUUGCAUCAUUAUAUUCAUAUUUGCCGUGAUGGGGAUGCAGUUGUUUGGCAAGAACUACACAGAUUACGUGGACCGUUUCCCGGACGGCGACUUGCCUCGGUGGAACUUCACCGACUUCAUGCACAGCUUCAUGAUCGUGUUCCGAGUGCUCUGCGGAGAAUGGAUUGAGAGCAUGUGGGACUGCAUGCUGGUCGGUGACGUCUCCUGUAUUCCCUUUUUCCUGGCCACUGUCGUCAUUGGCAAUCUUGUGGUACUUAACCUCUUCUUGGCCCUGUUACUGUCAAAUUUUGGAUCGUCGAGUUUAUCUACGCCCACUGCCGACCAGGAAACGAAUAAAAUCGCAGAAGCCAUCAACCGGAUAUCACGGUUCAUCAACUGGAUAAAGCGGAGUAUAGCGGACUUCCUGAAACUACUGAAGAACAAGUUGACCAAUCAGAUAGCUAUACACGCCCCCGAGCGCGUCGACAACGAGCUGGAGCUGGGCACCGACCUCGACGACGCUGUCCUCUACAAGGACAAGAAACUCAAGGACCAAGUGGAAGUGGCCAUAGGAGACGGCAUGGAAUUCACUAUACCAGGUGACAAUAAGUACAAGAAAGGGAAGAUAUUAAUGAACAAUAUAAACGCGAUUACGGAUAAUCAUAGAGACAACCGGUUAGAAUGUGAGCUCAAUCAUCUCGGCUAUCCUAUACAGGAUGACGAUACGAUAAGCCAGAAAUCAUACGGUAGUCAUAAAAAUAGGUCGUUUAAAGAUGAAAGUCAUAAAGGUUCAGCUGACACGAUAGACGGGGAAGAGAAAAAGGAUGCUAGCAAAGAAGAAUUAGGUUUAGAAGAAGAAAUUAUAGAAGAAGAAGAAGAGGGUAAAAUGGAUGGUAUCCCCAAACACGACAUCGUGGCUAACGACGAGGACGUGAUCGACGACACGCCCGCCGACUGCUGUCCUGAACCUUGCUACCAGAAGUUCCCCUUCCUCGCCGGAGACGACGAUUCCCCGUUCUGGCAAGGCUGGGGCAUGCUUCGAUUGAAGACUUUUAGACUGAUAGAAAACACCUAUUUUGAAACGGCUGUGAUUACUAUGAUCUUGCUCAGUAGUUUGGCUUUGGCUUUAGAAGAUGUACAUUUGCCUCACCGACCAAUCCUCCAAGACAUUUUGUACUAUAUGGACCGCAUUUUCACCGUUAUUUUCUUCCUCGAGAUGUUAAUCAAGUGGCUCGCCCUCGGGUUUCAGAAGUAUUUCACCAACGCGUGGUGUUGGCUCGACUUUAUCAUCGUCAUGGUCUCGCUUAUAAACUUCGUAGCGGCGCUUUGUGGCGCCGGCGGCAUUCAGGCGUUCAAAACGAUGCGAACGCUGCGCGCGCUGCGUCCGCUCAGGGCCAUGAGCCGCAUGCAGGGCAUGAGGGUGGUGGUAAAUGCUUUAGUACAGGCAAUCCCCUCCAUCUUCAACGUACUGCUGGUGUGUCUCAUCUUCUGGCUAAUCUUUGCCAUCAUGGGUGUUCAGUUAUUUGCUGGAAAAUACUUCAAGUGUGUCGAUUUGAACCACACAACUUUGAGCCACGAAAUCAUUCCGGAUAAAAAUGCGUGUAUCUUGGAAAAUUACACAUGGGAAAACUCACCUAUGAACUUUGAUCAUGUGGGCAAAGCCUACCUGUGCCUGUUCCAAGUUGCUACAUUCAAGGGAUGGAUUCAGAUCAUGAACGAUGCCAUUGAUUCUAGAGAGGUCGGCCGUCAACCAAUACGAGAAACAAAUAUAUACAUGUACCUUUACUUCGUAUUCUUCAUCAUAUUCGGGUCAUUCUUCACUCUUAACCUGUUUAUCGGAGUUAUCAUCGACAACUUCAACGAGCAGAAGAAGAAGGCCGGCGGCAGCCUCGAGAUGUUCAUGACGGAAGACCAGAAGAAGUACUACAACGCCAUGAAGAAGAUGGGCUCCAAGAAACCGUUGAAAGCCAUUCCUAGACCUAAGUGGCGGCCACAAGCAAUAGUAUUCGAGAUAUGCACGGACAAGAAGUUCGACAUGAUCAUCAUGUUGUUCAUCGGCUUCAACAUGCUGACCAUGACGCUGGACCACUACCAGCAGACGGAGACCUUCAGCACCGUGCUCGACUAUCUCAACAUGAUAUUCAUCGUGAUAUUCAGUUCCGAGUGCCUAUUGAAAAUAUUCGCCUUACGCUACCAUUAUUUCGUCGAACCGUGGAAUCUGUUCGAUUUUGUCGUCGUAAUGUUCUCUAUUCUUAGUUUGGUAUUGAGCGAUAUUAUAGAAAAAUAUUUUGUAUCACCAACUCUACUAAGGGUAGUAAGAGUGGCGAAAGUAGGUCGAGUCCUUCGACUGGUAAAAGGCGCCAAGGGCAUCCGGACGUUGUUGUUCGCCUUGGCCAUGUCACUGCCGGCGCUGUUCAACAUUUGCCUUCUGCUGUUCCUUGUCAUGUUCAUCUUCGCCAUCUUUGGGAUGUCGUUCUUCAUGCACGUCAAGGACAAAGGUGGCCUGGACGACGUGUAUAAUUUCAAGACUUUUGUGCAGAGCAUGAUUCUGCUUUUCCAAAUGUCGACGUCGGCCGGAUGGGACGGCGUGCUGGACGGCAUCAUCAACGAGGAGGAGUGCGACCUGCCGGACAACGAGCGCGGGUACCCCGGCAACUGCGGCUCGGCCACCAUCGGCAUCACCUACCUGCUGUCCUACCUCGUCAUCUCCUUCCUCAUCGUCAUCAACAUGUACAUCGCCGUCAUUCUCGAGAACUACUCUCAGGCGACGGAGGAUGUACAAGAGGGUCUGACGGACGACGACUACGACAUGUACUACGAGAUCUGGCAGCGGUUCGACCCGGACGGCACGCAGUACAUCCGCUACGACCAGCUGUCCGAGUUCCUCGACGUGCUCGAGCCGCCGCUGCAGAUCCACAAGCCCAACAAGUACAAGAUCAUAUCGAUGGAUAUUCCGAUAUGUCGCGGCGACAUGAUGUUCUGCGUGGACAUCCUCGACGCGCUCACCAAGGACUUCUUCGCGCGGAAAGGGAACCCGAUCGAGGAGACGGGCGACAUCGAGCCGGGGCGGCCGGACGAGGUCGGGUACGAGCCGGUGUCGUCGACGCUGUGGCGGCAGCGCGAGGAGUACUGCGCGCGGCUGAUCCAGCACGCGUGGCGGCGGCACCGGCGGGGCGGCGGCGCGGUCGGAGGCGGCGGACGCGGGCUCGGGCACGGCCGUGCUGCUGGACGCGGGCUCGGCGCGCGUGGUGCUGGCGGGCGCGGGGCAGGCGCCGCGGCCGCCCGAGCCCGCGCCGCCGCCCGCGCCCGUCUGACCCGCGCUGGCGCUCGCGCUGCUGCCCGCGCUGGUCGACGACGCGCCGCUGCCUGCACCGCUGCCCGAGCUCCUCAGCCCGCCCAAGCGCACUUGAUUAUUGUUUACGCUAGAUGUUCGCUGUACAUAGUGGGCGGUGCGGCUGCCGCGCGCGCGCCCGGCCGUCACGCGCCGCGCGUCCGCGCCCUUUCUUUUUGGGACGUUAAUUCGUGCGCGAUUAGAGACGUUCGAAGUGUUAAGUGGAGUGUUUUAUAUUCGCGUGGCCGAAGCUUUUGAGACUGUUUGUUUUGCGACAGACGUUCGCGCGAGUGUAAUAUAAUAUUAUUAUAUUUUAUUGUACCGAUUCGUAUCUAUUUACAUCGUCGCGUUAAACCUGCCCGUGUGAGAGAAACCCGUUUUUUUAAGAGAAUCGUUGUAGCGAGCAUGUUUUUGUCACUGAUGACGUAAUGUAAGGUAUCGGAUAAUAUUGAGGAAAUUCUAUAAGCUUAUUUUUGUAUUCGAUGAAUAUCACUGUCUGCCUGUAAAUUCUAAAUCGAUACGAUCUUUUAAUUAAGAUGACGGAGAUCGUUGAUUUGAUAAUAAAUUGUGAGAUAUCAUUUUCUUUCCCCGAAAUGGUGUCGAACAAUAUCCGUAUACUCGUGCUAGAGUAGUGAGGCGUCGCACGGCGCGGCGCGAGUGCGUUGCUUCAUUCGGUUCCGCUUCAGCCAGCGGCGCGGCGGCCCGCGGACCGGGGGCUACACGCGCGGGCCCGCGGGCCGCCUGUGCGCGAGCCGGCCACGCAGCGAGCACAUUGAUGUAGCACACCAAUAUUUUAAACUUAACGACUUUAAACGAAAUUACCUUGUAUCAUUACAAUCAUUGUAACGUCUUCGACUCGUCCGUUGCGUUUGGACGUUAGUGUAAUCGUAUCUAAUAAACGCUUAAGAGAAGCAAUGGCUACGCCGAUUCAUAUCAAUUUUGUCCGUAAUAGUUUUAAUAGUUCCAGUUUAUAAGCUUCUUACUGUACCGAAAUGACGUUGCGUUGUAUCUUUCUAUACGAGGUCGGCACACCGUCGGUUCCCUCGAGAUAAAGAGAGUUUAGACAAAUUUUUGCAAGUUAUAUCUAUGUAAGCUUAACAAAUCAGCUGUGAAAUCGGUACCAGAAUUCACUUCCGUCCUAAUUCAGUACGCAUCAUAGGAAUCGAGCCAUUUUAUGUAACGCGCACUUUCCAUGUAGGUACCUAGUUAAUGUAAUUUCCUUUCCCCGGAUUACAUUAGCUGCGGCCGCGCGGGCGCCCGGGCCGCUUCCCCCGGCCCGCCGGGCCCGCGCCCCCUCCGUAUAUGACGACUUCAAGCGGGCCGGUACUGCUUCCAUGAGUAUUGCUCUCGCGAUUUACAUUCAAUGCUGUGACGAUCUUCGACUAACAAGAACGCUAACCCAGACUACCCACCGAUUCGGCUAACUGAAAGAGUCACUUUAACUAGCAAAUAAGAUAUAUUGAUAAUACCUAAGAGAUCGAACGUCCCUUACCGAGUAAGGUAGAUAUUAUUGAGUAUGUAUUGUUUUUCAAGUGACACCCCUGUAGCGAUCCGUCGCUCGCUAGUGGCCGCGGCCGCAGAAGUCUGCGGGGCCACUAUACUGUGAAGAACUGUCGUAAUUAAUUCAUUUGUAAUUAAACUUUGGAAGUUGUCAAUUUUUUACAAAUCUGUAAAUAUUGAGAGCUUAUCGCCGGGUAGAUCCCGAACCGCACGUCGCAACACAUAUUUUUCAUAAUACCUAUCUAGUAUGGAAUCAGCGAAUAAGGCGGCGUUACGUAAAUAAGCUUGAAGCAAUAAACGUAAACGUGUGCUCGACGAAAGUUUUCGCUUUUCAUUAUGGAACAAGUCACCGAAUAGUUGUGUGUCGGUUGUUUUCAAUUCGUUUUAAUAAAAUGUGAAUAAAACUGAAAGGCAAGACAAUCUACGUGUUGCAGUUUAAAGAGUCAGUGUAUUGUAAACUAAAAGAGAUGCUUACCGUUUUGCACAUAUUUUGCAAUAAUACCGGUACGUGAAGAGUAUGUACCGUGGGUGGCGGACGGCGCGGCGCCGGCGCUUCCCCCGCCGCGCUCCGCGCCCCUCGCCAGACCCGCUCAUUCGUUCAAUUGGUUCGAAUCUUCUGUUCCUUUGACCCGUUUCGUUCACUUCUUGUUAUAUAUUUAUACGACGAACGGUCUUUAACAUCCUCUUGUGUUGGUCAAACCAAACGUUUUACUAUUAGGCAUAUUUGCACAAAGAAGUUGUGUUUAAUUAAGUUUAGGACAAUAAGUUAUGAUAUCAUUGUAUUAUUUCUUUAAAUAUAUGACAAAAAAGUGAGUUCAGUUUGCUGAAUGAUAGAGGUUUACUUGAGUAUUUAUUAUAUAUAUUGUUGAAGUUUGUACAAAAUAAAUUAAGUAAACGAUGAAAUAUAGAACUUGACUGCUUUA